CAUGCAAGUGCAAGUGUAGUUUUGCAAAAUGGUGUGAUGGUGAAUGGUGAUCUCUUCAUCUCAUGUUGUUUUGCAGUGUAGGUUAUGAUCAUGUCUUUGUUGAAUGAAUUCAAAAAGUAUCAAAAUUUCUGUAGGCCCAUUAGUGAAAUGAUUUACAUAGUUAAAUGGUUUUCUCAGUGUUUUGGUGAUUAAACAUUCAAGGGCGCUGUUGUUUGAGUUUGAAUACUAGUAGACCUACUUAUCUCAUCUUGAGUUAUUACGCAUUACAAAAUUGUCAGAGGGUUUUAAAUUAUAUUUUACUAUCAACUGCACUUGAAAUGUCGCAACCCGGCAAUCGGAGGCGUCGACGCAAACAUGGAAAAAACAAAAAUGAGGGGCCAUCAUCCAAAGAUGAUAAUUCAAGAGACGAGUUGUACGACGACUUCCUAUUAAUGUUUGGUGAAUCAAUCGACCCCAUUGAAAUUUACAACGUCCUGAAAAAAAAUGAUUGGAAACCUGAACCUUCAGUUGACGACCUGAUGGCGAUGUCAGUGAGUGCCGAUUCCAAAAAGCCACCCAAAAAGUUUGACGCAUCCGUGUUCGAAGACGAUUUUGAGUAUGCAACAAGAGCAUCGACGUCACACCAAUCUGCUCAAAAUUUAAAUUCAUACAGUUUUUCACCAGCUAAAAUUCGACAGUACGACGGGUUCCAUGAUGCCAAAGUAGUUUACAAGGGCGACAAUUCGGAGGAAGAAGCCGACGCUGACAUCAUAAUUGAAGAAGAGGAUGUCUCUACUGAUAAUGGUUUGAGAGUGUUGCAGGAAUUCUCUACUCCCUUCCAUAAGAACGUUUUCAUGAAUGCCUGUGCAGCUAAUAUACCGUCCAGCUUUGAUCAUGUCAAACAAAAAGAAAAUCAACCGAAAACACUGAACAGAGAUUUUGAGAUAUUGAAUAUCGAGAAUAAUUCUGCAUUUCAAAAGAAUUCGAUCACUCAAAUGUAUGCUUCCGGUGCUUCUAAUAUUACUGAAGCAUAUCCUCCUGUUGAAAGUGUUACAACUUCAAUCAAAGUCAUUUACGAAGGGUGUUUGGAAAUAACUGAUACCGUUGACAGAAUCUGUAGUCUUGUGUUGAACUCUAUCAAAGUGAUUGUUUUAUUGAGAGGGUGUCCUGGUAGUGGUAAAUCGUACAUGGCUGAGAAAAUUAUUUCGAAUGUCAAUAAAAUCCGCCCAGAGAUUGAACUGCAGCUUAAAAAUCAUGUUUUCAGCACCGAUGACUACUUUAUGACGCCCAGAUAUGGUUACCGGUUUGAUCCGAAAAUGCUACCGGGCGCACAUAUCUGGAACCAGAAUCGAGCCGGUAAAGCGUUGAUGCAAAAUGUGAACCCGGUAAUAAUCGACAAUACAAACACUCAGACCUGGGAGAUGGCUCCUUACGUACAGGCUGGUGUUCAGUAUGGCUAUGUUGUCGAAAUUUUAGAACCUGAAACAAAAUGGAAGUUCAAUGAGUAUGAGCUGUUUCGUCGAAAUAUACACGGGGUACCGCGAGUGAACAUCAAGAACAUGUUGGAGAGAUAUGAGCACGGUAUCACAAGAAACAACAUUUUUCCAAUAUUUCAAUACAAGUACGACCCUUCAAAACAGCCUCCUCAGAUUGUUCCCGAUGGAGAAAAAAAUUCUCGUAAAAUUGGUUCGAAAGUUGAUACAGUACAAUCCAACUCAUAUAUCAGGCCAGCUAAUUUCCCUCAGACUUCCAAUCUACCUAACAGUUUUCCAUUGGCUCCACAGCCUGCCAGUCAUGGACAAGAAGUCGAUAAUAAUCAACCGAAAAAUAAUCUCGCAACCCAAGAAACUAACUUCUCCAUUUGACUGCAUCUUGUCGAACGUUCUUUGAAAAGUCACUGUUAUCGUCAGCUACUGGA